AUGCCAGUAUUCAAAGAUCAGGGUACAGAAAGUGGUACUGGAGAACUCUUCAACUAUUGUAUGGAAAUGUUUGCAAUUGAGUUUUGUCCAUUUUUAAAUAUAUGUGCAUCUCUUGCCCUUGCCAGUGAAGAUAGUUGUUUGAAGGUUAUAGAGAGAAUAAAAUGCUUACCUGUUUUUACUGAGUACCUGGAAAAUGUAGAUGAGAGAGAUAUCAUUGCAACUCAAGAGCUAUGUGUUUGGCAGUCAAUAAAAUCUAAACCAGUUUAUGGUGAUAACAACCUUUUGAUACCAGAGGGAACACUUGGUGUUGUGGUUAAAGAUGCAGAUAAAAAUGGUGCAUCUAUUAUUCAGUGGAAAGUAACUGUAAAUGGAUGGCAGAUUUGUUUAAGAGAAAUGCAUAUAAAGCUUCAGGAAAUGGCUUUCAGCUUAGCUUUCCCAGCACCUGUAAGUGUGCAGCGAAUAGAAGCUGUUGGAAAACUUGUACUUAAUAUUCUAAAAACAAAUUUGGAAAUGCGAUUUCACCUUAGUCAUUUAAUAAAUGUUCUUUUUUCAAUUUUUCAAAGGUAUAUAAAUAGUUCUCUACCCUCUCUGGAGCUGGUUGCUAUGUUCCUUGAUAUAGCUGGCUUGCUUUCAAAGAACAUGUCAGAUAUAUGGCAACAACUUGCACAAAUGCAUGUUCUCCCAUUUUUAACAAAUUUUUCGAAGAAUUUAUCUGAUCUUCUUAGUGGGAUAGGUAUGAAUGUUGGCAUUAUUGGACAACUUAUUGCUUCAAGAGAAUGUGUCUCUGGAGAAUACACUCUUUGUCUUGCCUUUCUAAAUGUAGUUUCGAAUGUAGCACAAGGAGCUGUAGAUGAAGAUGAAAAUUUCCUUGCAUGUAUUGUUUAUAUUUUACGAGAAAUAUUUUCAUAUUUUCCUAAAUGGUACUAUGUAAAUCCACAGGAAAGAAUACUUAUAGGCCAGAAGUGCUUAAAUUUACUUCAUAGCCUGUUUUCUGUUGAAAAGUGCAGAGUGCAGACAGUUGAUAAAGCUCAAGAGUUAUGCAUUUUUACUCUCCUGCAUUUUGAAGCUGGCCAGACAUUGCUUAGAAUUGCUUGUACUGGAGAAGAAGUCAUCCAGCAAACGAUACUAAAGCAAAAUAGGUAA